CUAGUUAUGUUAGCCAGAGAACGGACCUGAGAACAAUGUCAACAAAAGGAAUAGGUGAAAUGGUGGCACAUUUACCUCGUUAUUGAUGAAGUCGUAUAAAGGAAUGGGGACGCAGCUGUUGCAGUAUGUCGUCGUUGGCGUCAUAGUAUUGAACGUGGACGAGGCGAGUGCAGCCAAUUUAUGCAGCGACAGCGACUACAAGGUGUGUGAUGGGAACAUAAGGAUACCUCAGGUAGACUUCGUAUGCUGAGUACGGCUAUGGUCAGACCCAGACAGUUUAAAUACGUCCUCGCUGCGUUGAUGGUAUCUUCGGCAGCACUAACUACAGGAUUAUACGCGUUGCUAGGCAACACAAAGAAACAGAGUAAAGAGACCGUAUUUCAUCAAGGGAAAGCAGAACGAAGAACGCUGGUAAAACAUGUGAGUAGGGCUCUUUCUGACCAGCUCUCAAGUUCAUCGCCUGUUGAAGAGAGACCGUCCUGCAUGGCGCUGAUAGAGGGUGAUGGGGAAGCGAUGAAGAGAGCCGUUAGGUAUGACAAGCGCCACCCCUAUACACCGAACACACAUUGUGUAACUAUGGCGAAGAACUGCCAAACGUUUUUAAAGAGUGUCAAUAUACACUUGACGCAAGCAUCGAGGAGACUGGGUUCCCUCUUGCGUUUAGUAUAGUGAUGUAUAAGGACGUGGAGCAAGCGGAAAGGCUUCUCAGAGCGAUCUAUAGACCAACCAACUUCUAUUGUAUUCAUGUGGAUAAAAAUGCGUCUGAGCUGGUCAAAGAGAAUAUGAAACGCAUUGUGAACUGUUUUCCAAAUGUGUUUACUCCUGAGAAGGUAUUCGCUAUAGAAUGGGGGACAUUUUCAGUCCUUGGUGCAGAUCUGUCGUGCAUGGGAGACCUGCUGGGCCGUCCACGCUGGCGAUACUUCAUCAAUCUUACAGGGCAGGAAUACCCUCUCAAGACCAAUCUUGAAAUUGUCAGGAUUUUGAAGAUCAUGAAUGGAGCAAAUAUAGUUGAUGCAAAUAGUCAGUCGCGAUGGAAACCGCGCCGCUGGGACAUGGCGGGUCCUCCGCCCCAUAACAUCUCGCUGUACAAAGGCAACGUCCACGUUGCAGUAAACAGGAACUUCGUCGACUACGCCAUCAACAAUCCCAUUGCUAAGGAAUUUACAAGAUGGCUCACACACACUAAAGUUCCCGAUGAAACAUUUUUUGCCACACUGAAUCACAAUCCGCAGCUCGGCAUUUCCGGAUCAUCGACAGGACCGGUGGAUACAGACUAUGACAAGAAACCCUACAUAGCUCGCUUCAAGAACUGGGGACCAGGGUGGGGAGAGAAGUCCUUCGACUGGCCCUGUGGCGGUGGACGGUCACGUAACGUUUGCGUGUUUGGCGUGAGUGAUCUCCCCUUGUUGGCGUCCCGGAGGGAAUUGUUUGCAAACAAGUUUUAUGCUAGUUAUCAACCACAGACUUUGGAUUGCGUGGAGGAACGGUUAAAAACAGGACGGUCCUCGAAUAUAAAGGAAAGUUUGAUUUCAAUUAUACAUUUUACCGAACUAUGCCUCAUCUCAAGUAUAUUUAUAGGCCUCAUACUGAAACUGGCGUGUUGCCGUAUGUUUAAUCAAAGGAACGCCGAACUGAACAGUGUUUCGAUUUCAUCAAGGCCUGCCAGCCCUAAGUGAAGCAAAUAUUGUGCUAACAAAGCAGGAAACAUAAUCAAGGGGAAUCUGGGUGAUCUGUUGACACAGCUGAAUGACUCCACUAUAGAAGAAUGCAGCUUCUGAACUGUUGAAAGUCGUAUGUAUUGGACAUCACCACUAUUGGAAGUCAUAGAGACUGGACAUCGUCACUAACUGAACACAUCACUUGGAAACUCAUCCCAUUUAAAAGUGUCAAUACUUAACGUCACCUUUUGUGAAAGUCAUCACGUUUGAAAGUCUAUGCACAGGAGAUUUAUUACAUUAACAUCUAGUCUCUGAAAUGAGCAAAUUUUACAGAUUGAUACGGUUCAUAAAUAUUAUAAUAUUAAUAAAACAUAACG